CCACUUACUCUAACUCAUCAUUGCAUAGAAGACCUGACCCUCCUUCUUGACUUCCACCUCAUUUUCAGAUCAAAGCACCCGCAUUUCUGGUUCUCCAAAGAAGAAAGAGAAAAGAUGGAGGCAGAAAGAAGAAUCGGAGUAGCGGUGGAUUUCUCGCCGUGCAGCAGAGCAGCCCUGAAAUGGGCCGUCGACAACGUCGCCCGGAAAGGGGAUCACCUCAUCCUGGUCAUCGUCCGCCCCGAACAGGUUUACGAGCACGGCGAGAUGCAGCUCUGGGGAGUCUCCGGGUCUCCUUUGAUUCCUCUGGUGGAGUUCUCUGAUGUUCAUAUUAUGAACAAGUAUGAAGUGAAGCCUGACCCGGAGACCGUGGAGAUAAUCACCACUGCAGCUAGCCAGAAAGAGAUCACGGUGCUGGUGAAGAUCUACUGGGGUGAUGCCCGUGAGAAGAUUAUUGAGGCCGUUGACAAGAUUCCCUUGAGCUUCCUUGUGAUGGGAAACAGAGGGCUUGGCAAGCUUAAGAGGGUUAUUAUGGGCAGUGUGAGCAACUAUGUGGUAAACAAUGCCCGUUGUCCCGUUACUGUAGUCAAGAGUGAUGCCUAAACCUUUUGGCCCUGAUGACCGCCUGGUAAAUAAGUGCAAUGCUGCCUCUGGUAUAAUUGUGUCCAUUCGCACCCACCUUUCGGUCUGUGUAAGAACUUGUGGUUUUCCCCUUUGUUCAAAGUAAUAAACUUAUGUUUUCAACUCUUUAUUGUAUGUUGAAGCCGAUAGAUUUCAUGUAUGUAGAUGUUGGAAUUUUUCUGUGCUACCUGUAUCAUGUGAGUUCAACCUGUAGCUGAUUAUGGUGAUUUUCAUCCCAGAAGUCAUUAGCUAAUCAAAUUGUAUACGUGUUUCUUCA